UUUAUUCUGUUUUCUGUUCUUUUUCUCAUACUUCUUUUUUUGCUAUAAAACAACCAGUUCCCUUCAACAUUAGGCAAAAGCAAAUCAAAAGCAAAGUUUUUUUUUUUUUUGGAUUCAGAUCUGGAAUUCACUGCAAACCCAUUAUUUAUUCAAGUUUUUACGACGACCCAUCUGAAAAUCUUGCUGAAUUUUGAGUCAUGGCUGUUGAAAUUGUUGAUUCGGAUGAAAACCCGAUUAAGAUCCGGGAAGUUUGGUCGGAUAAUCUGGAAUCGGAGUUUGAGCUUAUACGAACAGCAAUUGAUCAGUACCCAUUCAUCUCAAUGGAUACUGAGUUUCCGGGAGUAAUUUAUAAGCCGGAGGUUAUUUCUUCCCGGCAAAAUCGCCGGCGUUAUGUGCCGCUGUUACCAUCGGAGCAUUACAAGAUGUUGAAAUCAAACGUCGACGUUUUGAACAUCAUUCAGGUAGGACUUACAUUGUCUGACUCCGAUGGGAACUUACCGGAUCUGGGUACCGCCGGUGUUAAUCGAUACAUCUGGCAGUUCAACUUCUCCGAUUUCGACGUGGCGCGUGAUCGACACGCUCCGGACUCAAUCGAGCUACUCCGGCGUCACGGCAUCGAUUUCGAGAAGAACAAGGUGAUCGGAAUCGAUUCUUGUCGUUUCGCCGAGCUGAUGAUGUCGUCUGGGCUUGUAUGCAACGAAACCGUAAGCUGGGUUACGUUCCACAGCGCUUACGAUUUCGCAUACCUCGUAAAAAUCCUCACCCGCCGGGAACUUCCCGGCGAGUUAGAGGAUUUUCUGGAAGUUUUCAAGGUGUUUUUCGGUAAUAAUGUUUAUGAUGUGAAGCAUUUGAUGAGGUUUUGUGAGAAACUCUAUGGCGGUUUAGACCGGAUUGCGAAGGUGUUAGAGGUGAACCGGGCGGUCGGGAAGUGUCAUCAGGCCGGUUCAGAUAGUUUGUUGACGUGGCACGCUUUUCAAAAAAUGAGGGACGUGUACUUUGUAAAUGACGGACCGGAGAAAUACGCCGGCGUUUUGUUUGGAUUAGAAGUGUAUUAAUUAGGAAUUAGUAAAUUUUUUAAUGUUAGUUAAAUAAAAUUUGUUUAAUUAAUUCUUCUUGGUGGUAAAUUACUGAAUUGUGAUAUCUAAUAUUGAUAAUCGUAAGAUUUAAAGGUAUAUAUACUUGUCCUU